AUGCACUCGGUGACCCUUUCUUAUAUCGCUAGUCACGAAGGCACUAGCACAGACAUUGGAAUACCACCGCAGACCGUGCCAUACUCCGAGACAAGCAUCGUCCUUAAAACCGAGAAUUACGAAUGGUACGCCAAGCUUCGUGGGAAUCUCGGCAUGGCCCAUGCCUUUGUCAAAGUGUGUUCAACGACAGGCAUGCAUGCUGACGUUGAGGCAGCUAUAAGUGACUGA